AUGACACCGUUGGAAGUUAUUGGAUUGCUCAGCGUUUUGUAUUUUGGUUGUCACAUCGCACUCAAACUAGCAACAUUUGUUUAUUACAAUUGCGUUAAAUGUUCGAUGAACAAAGAUGUUCUUGUCAAGCAAAGAGGAAAAUGGGCAGUCGUGACGGGUGCCACGGAUGGAAUCGGCAAAGCGUAUGCCAACUCGUUGGGCGAAUUGGGAAUGAACGUCGUUUUAAUAAGUCGAAAUAUGAAUAAACUAAACGAAUGCGCUGGAGAAAUAGAAGCUAAAUACAACGUGUCGACCAAAGUUAUCGCGGUUGAUUUCACACAGGAUGUAUCGAUUUACGAAACGAUAGAAAAUUCAUUAUCGAAUCUGGAAAUCGGAGUUUUGGUCAAUAAUGUCGGUAUAAGUUACAGUUAUCCAGAAGUUUUCUUAGAUAUACCCGAUAAGGCAAAAUUUUUUACGGCUUUGAUAAAUGCAAACAUCGUAUCCGUGACGAAAAUGUGCGAUGUCGUCAUGCCGAAAAUGGUAGAACGUAAAAAUGGCGUCGUUAUAAAUAUAUCUUCUGCUUCUGCUCUUCUUCCCUCACCAAUGUUGACCGUAUACGCAGCGACGAAACGUUACGUGGAAAAAUUUUCCGACGAAUUGAGAACGGAAUACAAAGACAAAGGACUCGUCAUACAAACGGUUUUACCCGGAUUUGUUGCGACGAAAAUGGCGAAAUUGAAAAAAUCAAGUUUGUUUGCUCCCUCACCGUCGACGUUUGUACAAAGUGCUUUGUCGAAAGUUGGUGUUCACGAUCACACAACCGGUUAUUUACCUCACACGAUAUUCGUGGGUGCGAUAAAUGCGAUUCAUUCCGUUUGUCCGGCAUUUGCAAAUUAUUUCGUUAUGAAUUCUUUGAAAAAAGUCAGAGCGAAAGCGAUCGCGAGCAGUAAAAAAAAAGCAGCCAUCCAAUCGUAA